UGAAGGGCCCGCGAGGGGAGAGGAGUUUGAAGACGGACUCACAUCCUCCCUCUGUCGGACCGCCACACUUCAGUUCUCUCUUCCAUCUGUUCACAGACAACCGCGGAGGAGUUGAAUAUGUUUCAUCGUCAAAGUGAUAGAUAGUUAUUUUUCCUGUUUUAAAGGGGUUCGGAGGGCGUGUCCGAAGGGGAACUGAACGACCGCCCGGUUGAUGGUGUUUCCAGCGGGCAGCCGCGCACGCUGUCCGGGACGAAGUUAGCGGAGACACCGGGGGACGAAGAAGAAGAAGAAGAAGAAGAAGAAGAAAAAGCAAGAAAUGGUCGGCAGGCUGAACUUGCCCAAUGUGUGCGAGGGAGACCGGCUGGACACGAGCAGCAGGGCUGACGGGGGGCUCGACAGCCCGGACUCCGGGUUGCCGCCGAGCCCGAGCCCCAGCGCCUGGCUGCUGCUGCCCGCGUGCGCGGAGAAAGCCGGGGGGGCGAGCCCGGUGUCCGAGGACGAGGGACGGGGCUCCCUGGUUCCAGUUUUACCCACCGGCUCUUUCCCGCAGCUACACCCAUCGUCUUUCGGGGAAGGCAUAGCCCUCGAUCCAUUGCCACCGAAGGAGAUAAGAUACAUCUCAUCCGUGCACUACAGCUCGGACCGCCACUUCAUCCAGGACGUGGCCCUGCAGCCGUCGGGCCAAGGCCUUGAACACUGCCGGCAGACUAUCAUGGCUGUGCCGCACAGCACUUGGCGCCGCUACAAAACACAGCUGGAGUUUCAGCCGCGCCACCGGCUGCAGCGCUUCAAGAGCACCACCAUCAUCUACCCCAAGAAGACCAGCGCGGUCUUCACCACGGAGCUGAGCUACGACUGCCACCGGCUGUCCAGACGUUUCCUCUCCAGCGUGGAGCUGGAGGCGGCUGGACACAGGAAGCCACCUCAGUGAGGUGGUGGAAUCACAACACAGCAGGCACUGACCUGCUGUGUUGUGUUUUUACAGUUGUGCAGUUAUCCUUUUCAGAACCUAUCCCAAGCUGUGGACAGGAAGCCUCUGUGCUGUGACAUUACACACAGCAGAUGUGUUGUAUGUAUAUGUGUAUAUCCCUGCCAAUGAAUGAAAUUAUCCAAAGGGCAGCAAGCGCUUUUGAACUCGUUACAGUUUCCAGUGGCAUAGUCGUUUUUGAUUAUUUUUAUCGGCUGUAGAAGUAACUUAUAUGGGCUGAGAUACUGCGAAUACUUAACUUGCCGUCAGAAAAUCACUUUGCUCGUGUCACACCAGGUUGGUCAAGCAGGCGGAGUGAUUGUUUUUAAAUUUAAAUAAUGAGGCCUGUUCCAGUUCAAAGAAUUUGUUCAGGUGAAUCAAAGAGAGAAGUGUAUCUUUAGAACUGCAAACUUAGGGAGAGUCUAGUAUAUAAAGGAGAAGAAAGGUGAACGUAUGUGGUGCCGGAGUUUGGAUGCAUGCUAAGUAAUCACUCACUUAUCCACACUGUACAAAUGUAUGCGGUGUAAAUAACUUUACACAUGUUUUGGUUUCCUCACAGGGUAUUGUGUAUUUCUGCACAACGUAGCACAAGCUAAGCUCUUCCCAAGCCUUUUCUUUGGCCACUGUGUUUGGCUGCAACUCAAAAUGUGUUAUGUAAAUGUUGGUAGAUUAAGUGAACUUCUCUGUUCAUUGUGAUGUGUAAGCUUAAACGGAUUGAUCGGGAAGUGUAGAUGGAUCACUGGCGUUACCGAGAAGUGGAUCUUAUUCUUGAUACCUCUCACUGGCCCGCCGUUGACAAUAACAGGCUGCAUUCCACUGCGAUCACUUUCUUUGGCUUGACUUGGAUUGAAAUUGUAUUUAUUCUGUUGACGUUUUAGAAUCUUGAGAUUUUAAUCAGCUGAUUAACGGGUCUGUGUGAUCAUGUUGAUGCUUUUUUUAAAAUAUCAGUCACUUACUCAGUGCCAGUUUGAAAUAAAGUGUUCAUUAUUUUAUCAACUAUA